AUGUCCGCCGGACCACCCUACACCGUCUCUGCCCUUUACGACUACAACUCCCCCCACGAAGACGACCUCAAUUUCACUACCGGUCAAAAAAUUAAGGUCACCGAAGAAGAAGGUACGGAUUGGCUGCAUGGCCAGUACCGUGACAACCAAGGUACUUUGCAUCAGGGCAUAUUCCCCAAGAAUUAUGUCGAACGGGUAGAAGAGCCCGAGCCACCGAAGCUUCCUCCCGUUCCCGUGCGCCCUCAGCACGACGACUCGAAGAAAGCGGCCCCUCCCGCGGCUCCCGCCGAUGAACCGGUGAAAUCAGGUCUUAAGCAAACUGUUACAUCUGCUGCUUUCCCCGUUGAGCAAAACCCACAUCCUAAGGAGCAGCAGCAACCUACCAAUCGGAAGAGCUUUAUAGCUCCCAAAGCCAAAUCAGAAACUCCGAAGCAGCCCCUCUCGCCAACUCCUACCGAAGAGGAGGAUAAACCGGUCGGAUCCUUUCGAGAUAGAAUCGCUGCUUUCAACAGAUCGACUGCCACCCCUCUUGCUCCCACACAUGGUCAACCUAGGUCUUCUGGGUUUAUAAAGAAGCCAUUUGUUCCACCACCUCCAUCUAAAAAUGCUUUCAUUCCGCCUGUGCAACAACAUGUGGAACCCCGCCGAGAUACCGAAACAAGACCACCAGUGCCAAAGGAACCUCUUAUUAAUAGGCAGGAUGAACCUUCUCAGCAGGAGGAGCCUCCCAAGGUCUCAAGCUUAAAGGAUCGGAUUGCCAUGCUACAAAGUGUCCAACUUAACCCAGCAAUGGGAGUGAAACCAAAGAAACCUCCGAAGCCACCACCAAAAAAGAAAGAUGAGUCUGGUCCUAAAUCCGAGAUUCAAGAAGCAACCCAGCUCCCCGAGUCUACUUCUGAGGGAGAUAGCAGCCUACCAAAGGCGAGCUUGGAAUUACCUAGGAAAAGCAACGAAGCUACUCGGGAAGUUAAUCAUGACACAGAGAGCGGACAGGAAUCACAGUCCGCAUCUAAUCAAGAGGGCAGUGUCAAACCGGAAGGUGCGAAGCCUAACGAGGGUGCAGGGGAUUUAAGAAGAGUGGAGGGCGAGAAUGACGAGGAUCAAAAUGGGGAAGAGGAGGUAGGGGAGGAAGGGGAGGAAGGGGAGGAAGGAGGGGAGGAAGAGGAAGAGGAGGAUGUUGAUCCUGAAAUUGCCCGCCGACUCGCCAUCAGGGAACGUAUCAUGAAGAUGUCAAUGUCUGGCGGCAUGGGUGGCAUGGGUGGCAUGUAUGGCGGUAUCCCGAUGAUGGGGGGACCAGCGGCGUACAGACCAACCCCAAAAACCCCCAAAAUGGAGCCCUCGGUCGCGGAACCUGAGCCACCAGGCCCCCCGCCUGAACAGUUUAGAAUGAUACCAAUUCUCCCUAUUGGGAAAAAUCCGGUUCCCCUCUUUCUAGCACAAACAGCUGUCGACUCUGAUGCGGACGACAAUUCUAUCCAUUCGCCACGACCAAAACACGAAUCCGACACAGAUUCGCCAGUGAAGGAUGCCCCAACUGAAGAUGAAAGCACCGUUCCUGAAUUUUUAGCUAAGAAAGCCUCUCGUCCAUCUCUUGAAAGCGAAGCUGAUGACGAAUCAACAUCCCCCCUCAAACCAACCUCGCGCGAUUCCCGGCCGCCUCCGCCUCCGCCUCCGAGCGCACCUCCGCCGGCGAAAAUUUCGACUGGGGGUGCAAAUGUGACAGAAGGAUCGGAGAGCGACGAUGAGAUGUCUGGAGACGAUCCGAAGACUAGUAUAGCUAGUCCGGUACCUCAAGAACCUCCUAGUGUCCCACGGCGACCUUCGAUGGGGGUUGCUCCUCCUCCACCCCCUCCUCAGCGUCCCGAUACCCUUGAUACUAACACCGCAAAGAGAACAUCAUAUGUUGGCUCGCCCCCACUUCUGCCGGACAGCCCGUCCACUCCAUUAAAUAUUAAACGAGCCAGCUAUAUUAGCAAAGGUGGCCAGAUUCCACCAAUUCCCUUGUCGGUUGCCCCUGUACCAACGCCGCCGACAAGUUCUGCCACUCGCGGCCCACCCCCACCUCCACCGGUAGGCCCCCCGGUAAGGCGCUCCGCUGAAGAACCCCGCCAAGGCCGCAAUGACGAUGACGACGAUGAGGAAGUCACUGAAUAUGAAGGAGACAUCGAUACCGAACUUGACGACAGCAAAAAGACCUUUAAAGAUUCACUAGGGGCAAGACAAAACGAGGAAGAGGCUGAGCAGAGCGAUGAGACCCCUUUGCCAUCUCCCCAGAUUCAAACCGCGCCACCACCACCCCGGCAAGCGCCAGGACUCCCUCCGCCCCCUCCUCCACCACCUCCCUCGGCACCCAUUUCCCCUCUUGUCGUUGACGUUCUACCCAGCAUCCCACCACCGCCGCUACCCCCAACUAGCCCUCCAAUAACUAGAAGGGAACUUCCGGAGCGAACACGGCCAAUAUCAUAUAUCAGAGUACCACCUACGUUUCCGGAAGCCGAAGAAGAAGAAUUUGGUGACGCCAGUGAUAACCAGGGAACGUCGAUACGGCAGGAGAAGAGCCACGCGCGGCCAUCCGAAGACCGCCCGAGGGCUUCACUAUCUAGUUCCAGGAGGUCUGUAGAUUUGAGUCGUAGUCUUCAUGAUAAUUCUUUUCAGGCGCGCGAUGAGGACCUUGGGACAACGACGAACUGGUGGACCCAAGAAGCGACUCCCCCGCCCGCAUUCCAAAAUCGCGGGAAGGAUAUCUAUUAUGAAGUCGAAGAUGCUACUACUAGUAAACGAGGAGGGCGAGCCCACAUCACGCGCGAUGUAUACAUCCUUUUUUCGGAUUAUUCUCAAACGAUUAUCACCGCACGAUUCGACCGAGAUACCCCGGCAAAUGCCAGCCUUGAGCAGCGACACGAACCUCCGCCGCAGCCGCUUAGGCAGGAUAAACUCGAGGAAGCAUGGAACAGCUUUGGGAAGGCAAUAUUAGAGGGGGCAAAAUCACUGGAAAAUAAGGUGGUCGGUGAUGGGAAUCCUUCAGCUCUUCCCGGGGAAUUAAUCAAGGAGAUUUCAGGAGCCCUGGCGCCGAUAGGAAACAAGGCUUAUGGGGUGACGGUGUAUCAAAACCUCGGAAAUGCUACGAUUCAGCAACUGGACGAGAUUCGGGGUGGCGAUAUUAUAACAUUUCGAAACGCAAAAUUUCAGGGACACAAAGGUGGGCUUCAUCAAAAAUACAACCUUGACCUCUCGAAAACGGACCAUGUGGGUGUGGUGUAUGACUGGGACGGGACGAAGAAAAAGAUCCGGAUUUUCGAGCAAGGACGCGAAAGCAAGAAGGUUAAGAUAGAAAGUUUCAGGAUCGGGGAUCUCAGAAGUGGAGAGGUAAAAAUAUGGCGAGUGGUAGGCAGGAGCUGGGUGAACUGGUAG